AUGACCGUAGUCGAAACACGCGAAGAUUACGUUUAUCUCGCUAAGCUCGCUGAGCAAGCCGAGCGUUAUGAAGAAAUGGUGGAAAACAUGAAAAAUGUCGCUUCUGCUGACCAAGAACUCACUGUUGAAGAGCGCAAUCUCUUAUCUGUUGCAUAUAAAAACGUAAUUGGUGCCCGAAGGGCUUCUUGGCGUAUUGUAUCUUCGAUUGAACAAAAAGAAGAAACUAAGGGCAAUGACGUUCAAGUUGGCUACAUCAAAGAAUAUCGUUCAAAGAUCGAGGAUGAAUUGACUAAGAUAUGUGACGAUAUUUUGCAAGUAUUAGAUAAUCACCUGAUUCCAUCUGCCGCAACUGGUGAAUCUAAAGUAUUUUAUCACAAAAUGAAAGGAGAUUAUCAUAGAUAUCUCGCUGAAUUCGCUACUGGAGAUAAACGUCAACAAUCUGCUGACAAGUCCUUGGAUGCGUAUAAAGCUGCUAGUGAUGUUGCUGUCACUGAGCUUGCUCCUACUCAUCCAAUUCGAUUGGGAUUAGCCCUUAACUUCUCUGUCUUUUAUUAUGAAAUUCUGAAUUCUCCUGAUAGAGCUUGCCAUUUGGCUAAACAAGCAUUCGAUGACGCCAUUGCUGAAUUGGACACCCUUAGUGAAGAAAGUUAUAAGGAUUCGACGUUAAUCAUGCAAUUAUUGAGAGAUAAUUUGACACUCUGGACAUCAGACUUGCCGGACAGCAACGAUAAAGCAGAAGCUCCUAAAGAAGAGGAGACCACCGAGCCAAAAGACGACUAA